AUGUUCAUCGCGGGACAGUGGCUCACCCUGGCGUUCGGUCUGGCCUGUCUGUUUGGCUAUCUAUUUCCCUCUGUCGCGGCACAUGGCGGUGCCAUCCGCUCGGAGUACUCCAUCGUCUACGGCNCGGUCGCGGCCUUGGUGGUGGCGCUGGACUAA